AUGUCAAAGAAUGCAGCUUCAAUGGAAGCAGUCGUGAGACUAAUGAAGAAGCCAAGUAACAUAAGGAACAUGUCCGUGAUAGCACACGUAGACCACGGUAAGAGUACACUAACUGACACGCUUGUAGUAAAGGCAGGAUCCCUAUCUGCCGAGAAAUCUGGAUCAAGGUUUACCGACACCAGACAGGACGAGCAGGAGAGAGGUAUUACCAUCAAAUCUACUGCCAUCUCCAUGCAGUUCAAGCUCAAGCAGCUCUCUUUUGACACGUUUAUGAAGGAAAAAACCGACGAAAACCACUUCCUCAUCAACUUAAUAGACUCCCCGGGGCACGUGGACUUCAGUUCUGAAGUGACUGCAGCUCUUAGAGUGACAGACGGAGCCCUUGUGGUGGUGGACUGCAUCGAAGGAAUUUGCGUGCAGACUGAAACCGUUCUGAGACAGGCAAUAAUCGAGAAGAUCAAGCCGGUGCUGUGUCUGAACAAGAUCGACAGAGCGCUCCUUGAGCUGAGAGAGGCCCCCUCAGAGUUUGCAAAGUCGCUGCGUAACACCGUGGAAAGCUUCAACGCCACGCUUUCCAAGUUCCUGAUGGACGAGGACAAGUCCUCAAACAUAAAGCAGCUCAACCCAGCAGACAUGGAAGUUUCCUUCUGCUCUGGCCUGCAGGGGUGGGGAUUCACGCUGAGGCAGUUCGCCGAGUUCUACGUAGAGAAGUUCGGCAUGCAGGGCAAGCCAGACAUGAUCGACGCCUUCCAGAAGUGCCUGUGGAAAGUUGACAGAUACUGCACGGCCAGCGACCCAUUUGACCCAGCCUGCAAGGUUCUCAAGAAGAAGAAGAGCGACCCAGAAAUCAACCCAGACAUGCACCCGUUCGUUGUGUUUGUGCUCACGCCAAUAUACAAGGUCAGAGACCUGUGCUUGGCCAACAAGAAGGCCGAGAUCAAAGAGUACCUUCAGAAGUUCAACGUCAACUUCAACAACAAGGAGCUUGAAGACAUCACCUCUGAGAAGUCGCUGUUCAAGCACGUCAUGAGAAAGUGGCUGCCCGCAGCAGACUGUCUGCUCGAGCAGAUCGUGGUGAACCUCCCAGGGCCAAACGAAAGUCAGGUCUACAGAGCCGAGUCGCUCUACGAAGGGCCCAAGGAGGACGAUUUCUGCACAGCCAUCAAGACGUCGGACGCAUCCGAAGAGGCGCCGGUCAUGAUGUACGUGUCGAAGAUGAUCCCGCAGGGGUCGGGAAGAUUCAUUGCCUUUGGAAGAGUCUUCUCGGGUGUGGUCAGAGCAGGAAUGCCGCUGUACGUGCAGGGCCCAGACUACGAGCCAGGAAAGGGCAAGGAGCUCAAGCCUAGAAUCGUCACGAAGGUUCUCCUCAUGAUGGGAAGGGCCGUGGAGGAAGUUAACUCCUGCCCGGCUGGAAACAUUGUGGGAAUCCUGGGAGUGGACGCAGACAUCCAGAAGACAGCAACCCUCUCCAGCGCCCGCGGGUCUUUCAACAUCAAGACCAUGAAGUUCAGUGUCUCCCCGGUGGUCAGAUACUCGAUCUUCCCCAAGAACACAGGAGACCUGCCCAAGCUGAAGGAAGGGCUUACAAAGCUUGCACAGGUUGACUCGCUCUGCCAGGUGCAGUACAUGAAGUCUGGAGAAAUCGUCAUUGCAGGAGCCGGAGAAAUGCACGUGGAGAUCUGCAUCAACGACCUCGAGAAGGACCACGCAAAGGUGCCGAUCAUCCGUGGGGAGCCGCAGGUCUCGUACUUCGAGGGAAUUUCGGCGCAGGUGACAACCAUCGCCAUGUCGAAGAGUGCCAACAAGCACAACAAGGUCUACAUGACUAUAGAGCCGCUGGAAGAGAAGGUUGUUGACGCCAUCAAGCAGGGCGAGGUCAUUGCAAACGACCCGAAGGUGCGAGUGGAGCUGUUCAAGACAAAGCUCGGCUUUGCUGACGAAUGGGUUAAGAGAGUGCUUUGCUACUCGCCAGACGACGUUGGCCCGAACGUGAUUGUUGACUCGUCUAAGGGAGUCCAGAACCUCCACGAGGUCAAGGAGUUCCUGAAGAUGGGACUGGACGCUGCAGUUAAGGAGGGACCCGUCAUUGGAGAGCCCCUCCAGGGACUGAAGCUCGACCUCAUGGAUCUGACCUUGCACGCUGACGCAAUCCACAGAGGAGCCGGACAGCUUAUCCCAACAAUGAGCAGACUCGCUGUGGGGCUGGUGCUGGCUGCAACCCCCAUUUUGCACGAGCCCAUUUUCCUCGCGGAAAUAUCUCUGCCCGAAACCAUGAUAGAUCCAGCCAUGCAGGUUGUCAAGGGAAGAAGAGGAGACAUUUUGGAGGUGAACUACAGCAACCACAAGUCUUCUCUGAAGGCAUACAUUCCUGUGCAGAGAUCUUUCAACCUGAACAAGGAGCUUAUGGAGAGCACCGGUGGUGGAGCAAGCAUCAAUCUGGUGCUGUCUCACUACUCAGUCGUGCCAGGGUCUUUGACCAAGGAGGGAAGUCCUAUGUUUGAGAUUGUCAAGCAGAUCAGAGCCAAGAGGGGACUUGGCGAACUGAAGGACCCAUCUGAGUACUUCUGCAAGGAGUAA